GAUCCACAGAGGAUCCUUGGUACGCCGGCAGUACUUCGAUCCACAUACACCGCUCGCUUACUCGUAUUCAGCUCUUAGGCUAUCUGACCAGUUGUCACACUAUGAGCUCCAUCACAUCGACGAAAAAAAUCGCAAUCUGAGUAGAGUGCUCUUCAAAUCAAGUCACUCAUGGAGUAGAUCCGUGAAGAGAUCGAACGCAGAGUUCAUUAAUCCCCUUUUUGAUUCUGUUUGUAUUCAGAGUUUGAGCAAAGUGCUCAUCAAUUCUCUGUUUAUAAUUUUCUCCCGGAGCAGAUCCGCGAAAAGCUCGAGCGCAGAGCUCGUAGUCGUUGUAUUGUCGCCGCAGCGGCGAACGAGGAAGAAGAAGCAGCUGCUGACUGUGAUUCGCGAUUGCUUCUGAAAAAACGCAAGAAGAGCGAAGAGUCUCGGAUCUGAAGAACCGAGUUGGAGAGCUUCGAUCCGAGAUCGAGGUUGCAACUGCGAACAUCGAAGAAGCAAUGAAGCGGAAGAACAGUCCAGCAGCGGCGAUUAAGUGUCUCCCCGAUUCCGAUUCCUUCGUCGACGUCAACUUCGUCGGCGAUGUGUGUCUCAAGGUGCGCAAGGCAGAGGUGGUGCUGUGCGAGGAGUUUUAGACCGACGUCACCGCAUUGUUCCUGGCCGUGCAUAACGACAAUGUUGCACUCGUGAGGAAACUGCUGAGUAUUGAAGCAGAUGAGAACCAGAAACUUUUCAGGGGAUAUUCUACUACAAUAGUUGUGAGGGAGAAUCACCUUGAGACUUUAGAGAUGUUACUCAAGGCUGGGGAUUCUCAACAGGCCCGCGAGGGAGCUUUGCUGGAAGCCAGCUAUUAUGGACAUGCAAGGAUAUCAGAGUUGUUAAUGGGAUCUGACCUCCUGAAGUGUGGAGUGGAUGUGAAUGCAAUUAGUCGUGUGCUUCUCCAGUCAUGCAAACCAUCUCUGCACACAAAUAGAUAUUACAAAGUUGAAGGUGCGAAAUAUAUAUUUGAACCAAAGACAAUUCGUAGAAUGAUCCAAACAGAGAGAAUUUUUUUUGUUUAAGACUAUGACUGUGAGUCAUCUGUAUGCACAAAAUAGGGUGUUUAUCUACAGGUUGAUAAGGCUGUCUGCACUUGAGCUUGUGUGGAAAGCUGUUGGAACUGAUUUGAUUAAGAUGAUGAAUCCUAUUGCUGUGAAUAGGUACAAGAGAUUUCCUAAGGCUGGCUUAGCUGCUCAAAUUGCUACAGGUCCACUGUCUGCUCCUGUUAAUAUGUCUGCAUUUGAAAAGAAAAACAAUGAAACAAUAUUGGUGUUUGAUCUUGGAGGUGGAACCUUUGAUGUAUCAGUUCUUGAGGUUGGUGAUGGCGUGUUUGAGGUGUUGUCUACUCCUAGAGAUAUUCAUCUUGGUGAUGAUGUUAAUGUUUCUGUUACUACGAUGACUAAUAAUUUGAGUAGUCCAACUUCAAUGUUAAGCUUUGCUGCUGAAGUCAGGAAAGGAAACGAAAGAGUUGCAAAAUUAUUUGAGAAUGAUUUGGAGAAGGUUGGAGCCGAUAUUGAUUCAGAUGUGAAUUCUAGAAGCUACUGCGGUCAAACGGCAUUGAUGCAAGCAUGUCGAUUUGGCCAUUGGAAAGUUGUUCAAAUUCUUGGUGGUGAUGAUUUUGAUAAGAGAAUUGGUGAUUGGCUAGCAUCAAAUUUCAAGGAGGAUGAAGGUAUAGACCUUCUGGAGCUUUUGCUGAAGCUAAAUGGCCAACAAGAGUUGUUGGAGUUCCAGUCACAUUAAAUGAAGAUCUAAAGAAUCAGUUUGUCUCUCUCAUUCCCAUUCUAAGCUGGACAUACAAAACUUGCAUGUCCAGCUUACCUUGUAUAUAUACACUCACACUGUUAUGCAUUUUCUGAUUUCCAUUUUGUAAGUCCGGCCUUCUACUGCAAUCAAUACAAUUUCUUUUUCCCUUCACUAUACGACAUACGUGUGUCCAUAAUCCAACACGGGGAUUAGAAAGUGCAGGUUGUGCAUGUGCAUCGGGAGCAAAAUAUGGGAGGAAAACAUGGUGGCUGAUUAUUUGGCUAAGAAAGCUAUUGACAAUAACAGAGGCAUGUGGGUGCUGUCUCAACUGGAGAUCGGGAUCCUCAGGAUGUUCGCAGACGAUUCCAAGGGUGUGCCCAGACAUCGGGUGGCCAAAGACCUUGUGGUCAAGCGGCACCCGAUGUUCAUUCCCAUGUGGAAAGGAGUGGGUUCGAGCGAGGAGGCAUCUGUAGCUAUGGACAGAUACUACAUUGUAACCGAGUCAGUAGAACUAAAAAAAAUGAUGUGAAGGUGAAACUCAUUUUAGAAAGUGUGAGAGAUU